AUGAACCAACCCAUUGCCCGCAACCCAUUUACUGGACUGACGAUAUCUCGCCCUAUCAGGGGACAAGGACAAGUGGAGACUUACUAUGACAUUUUGAGUUUUUCUAACAUAGGAGAGGUAAUGGACGAUUUGCUUCACACUUCGACAGCGAAAAUAGUGCCUGGAAUUUUUCCCAUAUAUGACCCUAUGGCAGAAAUCGGCACUACGUUGAGGAAACCUAGUCAUGCUAUAAUUUUCCAGCAAGAGCUGCCUAAUCAAAGGCGUCACACACAGCAAAUCGUGUCACCUCCAAACCUGCAUCAUGCGUUCUCAUCUGUGACCCCUUACACUGUUGCUACACCGGAUUCGUCUGCAUUUUUCGAUGCACAUGAAGCGCGAACUCCUUCUCCUCCAACGUCAGAUCGCAGUACUCCAGCGAAUGGAAAGCUUGCAGAAAACAUGAUGAAUGGUGGAUUUAGAGAAUGUUUCUUCUCGUGCAGCAAUGGUGUGUAUCUACCCGAAGUUCAUCAUAAAAGGGUUAUCAUUCCAGUCUUUUGGAACUUAAUUUUUUGCCAGGAUCCCCGUAGCGAAGGAUUGGUUCAACUUUCUGCCGAAGAACGAAGAACACUGGUUCAGGAGGGUUAUCCGAUUCCCACACGACUACCCUUAUCCAAAUCUGAGGAAGAAUCGUUGAAAAUAGUGCGCAGGAAGAUUAAAAAUAAGCUCUCCGCUCAGGAGUCGCGUCGAAAGCGCAAGGAAUACAUGGACAGCUUGGAAUCUCGUUGCCAGGCUUACUUCAAUGAAAACAGUCAACUGAAAAAUCGUGUACGACAGCUGGAACUAUCCAAUCAAAAACUUGCUAUGCAGAUGAAGAAGUUGCAGAAUAUGGUCAAUACCACAGAAGAACACUCGGAUAUUCCUGUUGUGCAUUAG